CAACAUCGGGAACUAGCACGUGAGGCAGUUCGGAAGUCGUUAGUUCUUCUAAAGAAUGGAAAGGAUGUAACAAAACCAUUUCUUCCACUAGAGAGGAAUGCGAAGAAAAUUCUUGUAGCAGGAAAACAUGCUGAUGACCUUGGAUUCCAAUGCGGAGGGUGGACUAAAACUUGGGAAGGAAUGGGUGGAAGAAUCACUAUUGGUACAACAAUUCUGGAAGCUAUUAAAGAUGCUGUUGGAGGGGAAACAGAAUUGGUAUAUGAGGCAAAUCCGUCACCUGAAACUUUUGCGAGUCAAGACUUCUCUUAUUCCAUCGUAGUUGUUGGUGAACCUCCUUAUUGCGAGAGCGGUGGAGAUAGCCAGGACCUCAAAAUUCCUCUUGGUGGGGAAGAACUAAUUUGUUUGGUUACAGACAGAGUUCCUACAUUGGUGAUAUUGAUCUCCGGAAGGCCUUUGUAUAUAGAGCCUUCACUUCUAGAGAAAAUGGAUUCGUUCGUCGCUGCUUGGUUACCGGGCACCGAGGGAGCUGGAAUUGCUGAUGUCGUCUUUGGAGAUUAUGAGUUCCAAGGUAGACUUCCUAUGACAUGGUUUAAAAGUGUAGAUCAACUGCCCCUGCACCAAGAACAGAACUCCUAUGAACCUCUAUUUCCAUUCGGCUACGGGUUAACUAGUGAAAACAAGGUGCUCUAGAAGUGAUUAUCUAUCCAUAGGUAAUGCCAGUGCUGAAUAACUAGUAUAUGUCCGAGGACCAUUGGCGCAAGGAUUGAAAUUCAGUAGAUAAUGAGCCCAUCGUUGUGCUUCCCCCGGGGCUCAGGCAUAUGAUGUUACAUUAAGUGCAAUUUAUGAACUGGUAUUAUUAGCAUAUGUUAACAUAAGUUCUUGAAUAUUGUGAGUUGUGCCAUGUAAUGAAGAGAUCAAUGUGUCUAUGAACAAAAUAAAAUUAGAAGCGAGUACAAAAUAUUGGUGAGAAAAAGAGGUAUAUGUUCUCUUGUAUCUGUUUUAUCACAUGUUCCAACUCAUUCUUCAUGUUC